GGCGGUGGGAGGGCGAGAGUCAGAGCGAGGGCGGGGGCGGUGCCGCAGGUCGGCUCCAGAAGCCUCCGAAGGGAGGAAGAGAGGGAUUCCGGACGCGCGCAGAAUGGAAACAGACUGUAAUCCCAUGGAGCUAAGCAAUAUGUCAGGAUUUGAAGAAGGCUCAGAGCUCAAUGGUUUCGAAGGAACCGAUGUGAAAGACAUGAGACUCGAAGCUGAAGCCGUGGUAAACGAUGUUCUCUUUGCCGUCAAGAACAUGUUUGUGUCAAAAAGCCUGCGCUGUGCAGAUGAUGUGGCCUACAUCAACGUGGAGACUAAGGAAAGGAGCAGAUACUGCCUGGAGCUCACGGAAGCAGGGCUUCGGGUGGUGGGGCACGCCUUCGACCAGGUAGAGGAGCAUCUGCAGAUGCCCUACCAUGAAACCGUCUACUCGUUACUGGACACGCUCAGCCCAGCCUACCGGGAAGCAUUUGGAAAUGCGCUCCUGCAGAGACUGGAAGCUCUGAAAAGGGAUGGACAAUCAUGACUAAGCCUUUUCCUUUAGAGAGAGCUGCUGCUGGUACAGAAUGUUGGCCUAAAACAUGAAAUUCUUGCAUACAAUCAUAGUAGAAAAUGCGCCUUUGAUUUUGUGCGCUUAGCACUUGCUUCACAUUUAGGCUUUUGACUCAGAACAUCGUUGACUAAUGAAUUGUCUUAGUUUCUGAUUCAUUAAGGGAAGUCUGAGGCCAUUGCUAUGGUACCGCCAUUAAGACGUCUAAAUUUCUUCGUAUGAAUUCUCUGCAUUUCAGAACCUGAUCAGUAUUUCACUUUCCUACUACAGGGCUUUGAUGCUGCCAGCACUCUCUUUAACAUAGGAAAUUCUAGAUUUGCACAGUAAUAUAGGAAUUAGAAUUACCUAACUUCAAACUUGGACUCAGCCUGCUAAAUCAGGGGUUUACUGCUAGCUUGGACUGGCUUUGUAGUGACUAUUUUGGUACUAGCCUUAUUGGAAACAAACUGUCAACUGGUUUCCCCUGCACAAAUUUUGAAAUUCACUGCUUCACCUCAUCUAUUCAUGUUACAAAUAUGGAUCAAAAAGUGAAAUAUUUACAUAAGAUUUAACUAGUGUUCAAUGAAAAAUAGGGACUGAAAUAGUUCUGUAUUCCUUGUUUGCCGCAACCAGCCAACUAGGCAGAGAACAAACUGUUAGCAAAUGAAUGUAUUCAUUACUUGUUUCCAAGAUACCUAAGCACACAAGCAAAUACAGGGACAGGCUCCAUCCUCAACAAAAAGCGUCCUCAGUGUGUGUGACUGAAGGAAGAAGAUUCUGGUUUCUAGAAAACAAUAUUUUGACCUGUGUUGAUUCUUACUCCGAAUGUCUGUUUACAUAGUGUACAGUGUAUAUGCAGAAAGUAUUUUUGCUUCCGUGUUUACUUUGUACAGCGAGCGAGCAGCUGCGGCAUUCCCGGCGCCCCUCCCCGCGGGCGGACGGGGCACCGUCUCCUGCUCCGUGUGCCGUGUCAUGUGAGUGUGCUGCGUGGGUUUUGAACCAAAGGAUGAGUGAAGCAUUCAAAGACUUCCUAUUUGACAAAGAGAUCCUCUGUAUUUUAUAUUUUAUUACAGCUACUGAUAUUUAUAAACUUAAUAAACGACCAUGCUGCCGCAUGUUUUCAAGUACAUAUUGAACAGUAAAGAGGGAGUUGUUUUCUUAAUACUCACCAAAAGCAGCUGCUUUAGAAAUAUUGAACUAAAAUCCUACACCCAGGGGCUAGGGAUGUAGCUCAGUGGCACAGGGCCUGCCUGGCAAGCGUGAGGUCAUGAGUUCGAUUCCCAGUACCGGAAAAAAAAAAAAAUCCUACACCCAGACACAUUUUCAUAAAUGUGUCACCUGCAGGUCUUUUAGUUGUUAUUUUUUGAAGGUAGGUAUUUUUAAGCUCUAAGCUCAUGUGAGGGCUGGGGGUGCAGGUCAGUGGAGAGGGUUUGCCUGACCUCUGCAAGGCCCUGGGUUCUGUCCCCAGCAGGGGAAAGAAGAAAAUAGAUGAGGUGGGAGCAGAGCAGACUAGACUUCAGUUUGCAGUGCUGUCCACCGUGCCGGUUCAUUGGAAUGCUUUGUGUUCGGUGACCAUUUCAUUCUUGGCUUUGUGUGCAGAUGCUAACCCAUUUGGGCAGUGAAGUCUAACCAGGUCGAACUUUUCCAUGCUUCAUUAAUCUCAGGCUAACUGUAAAUGAUAUUUGUAAAGUUUGAAUAAAAUUCUGUUUACUCAUAUUUAAGUGUGAAGAAAAGCACUUGUAUCUUUAAAAAUUGAAAUUGUUCAUUUUGUGAUAAAUGAUUGAUUGCAAGA